AUGUAUGGUACUGUGUUAAGAACACGUCCGGCUCUAGUUAUUUUACUCUGGGACAGAGUUGGUAACGUCUUAGUAACCGAAAAUGAUCAACAGGAGAAUAACUUAGUGAAGAGAGAGAAUGAUCCUACUACAAAAUGGGCUAUCAAACAGCUACACACUAUUACGAGACGUCUUAAAUGCACGUACCGAGCAGGUUUCCAUAUGGGGAGUGCUUGGAUUAUUAAACUGCGUAGUAGCUUAGACCAUAUCAGCAUUUCUGUUACCCUCUACCGUGUUAGACAUGUAGAUGCAUUUGAGUUCAGUAAUUCGUUAAAAAUAUUUUUGUAUCCUUCAUCUGGAGCACUCAAUGUCCAUGAAAAUCCUCAAAGUCUUCUUUUAGCUGUUACUAAACUCAGAAAAGCAGAUAUCAAUAUUCUGCUACGUUCACACAAUUAUAUUAUCACAACCGAUUCAGUUUCUGUCAAAAUAGCUCUUAACAACAAACCCCUUUGUGCAAAAUAUAUCUUGCUACACCCAUCACUAGAAUCUCAGAACAUCACGGUUAAAAUGCAAGUUAUUGAACUUCUCUAUGCUGUGUGCGCAUAUUCUUCAAAAGGACAUCAAAUGGCUCUUCAUGCUCUACGGCACUUCAAGGUUACUUGUGAUCAGAAGCAUGGGUUUGACAUAAUAGUGAGUGAACUUCGUAACACAAAAAAUGUUGAAUAUCAGACAAGGCUGCUUUCUUUCAUCAACUGCCUAACACUGGGCUGCCACAAUGUCCACAAGCGUGUGCAGAUCAGGAAUGAAUUGCUUGGUCGUGGGCUUGGACCAAUCCUGAGUUCACUAAGUGCAACUGAUGAUAAGGAGCUACAGAUGCAAGUUUCAGCAUUCAUUGAUUACCAACACAGAGAUGAGAUGGAAUUAGAAUCAACAAAACAACUAACUCAUCAUCAGUUGUUUGAAGCAAUAUUCGAAAAGGUACACAUUAUUGUCCUUAUUGCUACUGAUAAACAGAAAUACUUGUGGGACAGUGUGUGGGAAGCACUUGACUCUCUUUCAUCUGAAGCUAUAAAACCUGGGUUUUCUAUCCACAAAAAGCCAGCACGCACUCAAAAAUAUCAUGAAAGAAGAGCUGACAGUAUUAUCAAAACACAUUCUUUUUAUAUCCUUAAUACAAGCACAGUGUCUACGCAGACCGAGGUGGAAUAUACAAGAGAAGUAAAGCAACUUUGUGAUAAUGAGAAACAGCAUCAGUUGUCACCAUCAGAAGCAAAACUGUCAUUCCCAGCACCACCUCCUCUUCCUCCACCUCCACCUUGUCUGCCACUGCCACUUAUUUCAGUGGUGUCAUCAGCUAUUCCAUCAGCUUCAGGGGUGCUAUCACCUUCAUCACUUGGAGGUUACAGUUCUCAACAAAAAAAUUAUGUACCUCCACCUCCUCCAAUUCCCAAUAGUGACAGCUUUGAAACACUGAUGUUACAUAGGAGACAUUCACUUCCAGCACAUUUACCAGAUUCUGCAAGUUUGUGGACACCAGUAAAGGACAAGUCUAACACACUACCACUGCCCAAGCGGAAGAUGAAAACCCUAAGCUGGACAAAGAUUCCAGUCUCUAUGAUAGGUGAAUCAGUAUGGACUGAAAUGCAGAGCGAAGCAAAGAGUCUUAGAGUUGAUUUCAAGCAAAUGGAAGAACUGUUCUGUCAGAAAACUGCUACUGUGCAACAUCGAAAGUCUUCUCCAGUAACACUUCCAGCACCAAUAACUCCCAAGAUCACUUUACUGGAAACCAAGAGAGAUCUGGCAGUAAAUAUUUAUCUAAAACAGUUCAAAUUGGGAGGGAAAGCAGUCAUAGAAGUUAUAAAGAACCUUAAAGGAGGUGAUAUAGGUCCUGAGAAACUGAAAGCUCUCUUGCCACUACUUCCCACAGAAAAAGAGCUGACUUCAGUCAGAUGCUAUUCUGGAGAUCUGGAUCGUUUAGGAGAGGCAGAGAAAUUUUAUCUUCAGCUAUCAGAAGUACCUUCCUUUGUCCUCAGGAUUAGGGCAAUGUUGCUUAAAGAAGAGUUUCCUUUAAGAACAUCUGAACUGAGAGAACAACUAAAUGCCGUUGCAGAUGCAUGCAAUAAGCUGAAGGCUAAUAAACAUUUGAAAGAAUUUCUAGCACUAGUACUUCAACUUGGAAAUUUCAUAAAUGCUGUAAGUAUUCCUAACAUGAAGCUUUUGAUAUCAGUGGAGCUGCUCCAGGAAGAAGUGAUGAAACUUAUUAGUGAUGUCAAACAUGUUGCAUCACAGCUGAAGGAAGAUACAAGUGGAAUCAGGGUGCAGUUCAAAGAUUUCUUUAAGGCUGCUUUGAAAUGCAGUAAUGAAAUUCAGCAGGCUAUGAAUAAGGUGAAGGCUUGUACUCAUGCUUUAGCCAAACAUUUCUGUGAAGAUCCUAAGAAAUUCAAGCCAGAAGAAUGUUUCCAUUUGUUUGCUGAGUUUUUUACCAUAAUUCAGAGAGUUCGACUGGAAAAUGAAGAGAAAAGGAAAUCAGAACAACAGCAAAUUCAAGAGCAGAUGGAAACAAACAAACUAACUGCAAACGGAGGUAGAGGCAGAAAAAAGUUUUUACCACAUCGACAAUAUACUGCAGCUAAACAGAUUUUAAGGGAUAUUUGCAGUAAAAAUUUCAAAUUACGUCGAACUGAAGCUCAGUACUGA